UGCACAGGCUGAGUUACUUGUGAGGCACUGUUUACUUUCUUCGUUGGCACUUUGUGUGGCUGAGUGUGAGAGCUCCACGGCGUCAGUGUCACUGAGCAGUUGGCAGCUGUCGGGCCACUGCAGCUCUGAAAGGUCGACAUGAAGCUGCUGGAUGAGCGGAUCUGGUCGCUGUUUAAGCGCAACUGGCAGCAUACUCUCACCUACUGGAGUGUGUUCUUUAGCUUCGGCCUGUGCAUCGCCUUCCUGGGACCCACCAUUCUGGACCUGAGGUGUCAGACUCAGUCCACCCUGCAGCAGAUCACCUGGGUCUUCUUUUCCCAGCAGUUCUUCCUGUUGGUAGGCAGCGGCCUGGGAGGGCUCUUCAAGAAAACACUCCUGUUUUCCCUGUCAGCCCUUUUCUCCUGCACAUUCAUCAUCUCGCUUGUGUUUUCCAUCAUACCGCUAUGUAACCAUGUGGUACUGCUGUCUGUUGCCAUGGCAAUUGCUGGCUUAGCCAUGGGGGUGAUUGACACCAUUGCCAACCUCCAGCUGGUGAAGCUGUACCAGAAGGAUUCCGCCACCUUCUUGCAGGCCUUGCAUUUCUUCAUAGGCCUCGGAGCACUGGUCAGUCCCCUGGUGGCUGAUCCCUUCCUGGCAGAUGAUAACUGUGUCCUGGGUGCCAACUGGACCGCCAACUCCUCCUCUUCCUCUGACCUAGAGCACCUUCGCAGCAGCCUGGCUGGGCAUGGAGGGCUACCCAACAUCUCCCGGUAUCCUCUGCACACCGAGGGUAUGGUCAUCACGAGGGUGUCAUAUGCUUUCUGGAUUAUGGCUGUUAUUAAUCUUCCAGUGCCAGCAGCGGUGCUCGCUUUGAUGUACCAUGAGAGACUGCUCCCUUGCUCCAACAACAGUCCACGUCUGCUUGACAGAGACUCUGUUUCCAGUGCGAGCCCCACUUGGGACAGUGGUCAAGGUCAUGGGAGUGUGUUUGGUUGCUGUAAUCGUGCCAAACUCCGAGGACGCCCUGCUACUUUCUUCCUCCUCCAUGUUCUGGGUGGGGCCAUCCUCUUCAUCACUGAUGGGAUUGUAGGCUCCUACACUGGCUUUGUCUACACCUAUGCAGUGUCCCCUCCUUUGCUGAUGGGCCAUAAGACUGCCGGCUAUCUGGACAGUAUAUUCUGGGCCUCCAUCACAGUAGGAAGACUGGCUUUCAUCUACCUGUCCUACAGAUACACAGCACCCAGGCUGCUCACGCUCAGUCUGGUGGGGGUCAUACUGGUGCAGUGCCUGUUGUUGAUCUUCUACACCAGCUGUGUGUUUCUCUUUAUCGGUACUUGCGUGUUGGGACUGUGCAUCAGCAGUGUGUUCCCAUCCAUGCUGGCCUUUACAGAGGACAUACUAGACUACAAAGGCCCGUUUCCACUGAAGAAGUUCCUGGUACUAUUUGGGGAGCAGGAACUACUACAGGAACGUCCUCUCGCUCGGCCCUCUCAACCGCCGUGUCUCCACUGAGAGAGCGGAGUACGAGGAAGGUUCCUGUAAAGUUACGGGCUCUGGAUGUGACGUAAUCGUUGUGCGACCAUUUUGACCGGGGCGACGUAGGGACGUACGGACGCCGUUAGCUGUUAGCCCUUAGUGGUGUCUGUAAUACUCAGUAACUCAAUAAACGGUCCGUGAAUUUUUAUUUUUUUCCCAGCGUCAGUCUUAGUUACAACAUGAUUGAGCUAACUGGAGUAGUUUCAUGUCGUAUCCGACAACGGGAGGCUUUUAACAGAUGACGUCCUGAUGUUAGCUUUGCUGCUGUUGUGAGCUGUCCCUGUCAGCUGCAGCCACUGAUGCUUUCUAGACAUCGUGAUUUUCCAAAACUGAAUAAAUACCACACAUAGCAACACAAAACUGCUUUGUUAGCUCAAUCAUGUUGUAACUAAGAUAUCCACUGGAAAAAAAAAAUUCACGGAUCGUUUAUUGAGUUACUGAAGCUAUGAACGAGCUAACCCUCGUCUACUGAGUUUUAAAAAUGCCGGCUAUUUUGUCGCUUUCUGUUGACGUCACAUCCCGCCUUGAGUAUAUCCAGUCAGCACCAAGUAAUCCCCAAGCCCCAGCCAGGAGUUUCUCAGGGCCGUUCUGAGGCAGGGACUUGUUUAGCCCCUGUAAAAGUUCCGUAACUCUGUCCUUCGGGGGUGGUUCCUGUGGUGGAGGCACGCACCAACGGCCUGGCCCCGUAAAAUUACCCCAAAGUUCCUGCGGUGGAAACGGGCCUAUUGUGUCAUACGGAUUACUGUUAAUUUAUUAUGUUGAUCUGUUCUGUACGACAUCUAUUGCACGUCUGUCCAUCCUGGAAGAGGGAUCCCUCCUCAGUUGCUCUUCCUGAGGUUUCUUUUUUCAAAUUUGCCACAAAUGUCCCCUUGGACUCAAAGAUUAACUGAUUAGAUUUUAUUGUUUCAAAGUCAAGGUCACUGUGACCUUGCAUCCAUCUCAUUCUCAAAUUUGGUUCAAACAUUCACUUGGACUCAACAAUGAACUGAUUAGAAUUUGGUGGUUGUAGGCUAAUGUCACUGUGACCUCACAAAACAUGUUUUAUGGCAAAACUUCACACAGAUGUCUAAUAUGAUAAAAUAAUGAAGUGGUGUCAUUUUAUAUCCAAUCCAACAGGUCAAAGGUCAUCUUCACUGUGACAUCAUAAUGUUAUGCAAGAACACUUUUCUGGCCAUUAUUUCACGUCAUAUCUCAGGAACAGAGGGAGACAUUUGGUCAGAUACUGAAUUGGUGACUUUAAUAUUGGGUGUCCACCUUAAAACUGUGCUGAUUGUAUAGAUUUUCUGUGCUGCUGGGGGGAAUUUGUGUGUGAAGCAUCCACGUUUUCAUUGACAUGGAUGUAAACUUUAAGAGAAACUUGACUGGUUUGCCGAGGCAUACCAGUAUUAACAAAUGAAAUAAUAAAUAAAUUUAAAAGCUGAAACAAAUAUGUGAAUGAAGAAUUAAAUAAAUAGAUAAAUAAAUGUUGUUGAUUAAUUAGGAAAUAAACAAAAUAAAUGUUUAUUUGUAUAUUUCUACAAAUCUACAUCUAUCAGUCCUGGGUGGCAGUAGAGGAGGUUUGACCAGCAUCUGCUUCAAAAGUAGUUUAGCUGACUUCAUUCUUUAUACUGGAGCUGAGAGCGUUGGAGCAGACUUCAUUUCCAUUGUUGAGUCAAAAAGUUGUCUUCUCAACUGAUGACUCAUAUCAUCAACUUUUCUGGAACAGUCCUUGUAUAUUUAUUUAUUGAUGAAUAAGUCAUUAUGAGUCCUCCAUGAGGUAGAUGAUUUCUGU